ACUCCACUAGAGAGGUGGGGAGAGAGACUGACGUUUCUGCUACACCUACUUACUUGUUAAGACUAUAAGUAUUUUUUUUCCUCUUCGGAAUAUUAAUUGAUUACAAUUCAAACAAAUAAUACACUGUUAUUAUGUUUUGUAACGAUGGCAAUUAGCUAAUGCAUUUCGAUUUUUGGACAAAUUUUAUUGUUGAUCGAGAAAAUAGUGUGCUGUGUGUGUAAAACAUUUGUGUGUUGAUGUGAAAAUGUGGAAAAAUUACGAACACGUCGCAAGUACUGCUUCAUCCUGAAUAUAAAUGCACGGGGAAGGAUAUCAUUCCUCGAGGAGUUAUUUUAAUACCCUGUCUAAAGGACUGUGGUUAUUAAAUAUCUGUCAUCAUUAGAGAUGGCCGUUUCGAUCAACGAGAUCUGCGAGAACACAAAGCUCGCCAGGGAGAUGGCCCUCACGGGAAACUACGACACCUCUGGUGUCUACUAUCAGGGCGUCGUGCAACAGAUUCACAGGCUGCUUUCUAGCAUCGUCGAUGGCACCCGUAAGGCCAAGUGGCAACAAGUCCAGCACCAGAUAGCUCAGGAGUUUGAGAAAGUCAAGGCCACCUCCAGUAUGCUGCAGUUGUUCAAAUGCGACUCGCAUAGUGAAAGACUCGUAGGGCCAGCAUGCUUGUCGUACGAGGAACCGACCAGGGACUCUGCACUGUGGUCAUGUGGUUCUUCAGGGAUGUGGGCACCAACACCACCCAGAGAUCCUGAUGUAUGGCCACCACUUUCACCCACAGAACAAAAAAACUCGAAACUUCCACCGAGAAAUCAGCAAAGGCCGCCUACGAACCGCUCGAACCUUCGCAAACCAAGUAUCACUUCUGCAAAGAAAACAGAUGUCAAACCGAUUGCUAGAAACAAUCAAAGGAAUAAUAAUGGCAAUGAUGACAAAAAAACAUCCAAUCCAAAUAAUGGCAAGAAAGACGAUGUAAAACAGGAAAAAGUGGAAAAUUCAGAAAAAACAGAUGUCGAAAUAGAAGAGAGGAAGUUUGAGCCAGCAGGAUGUGACAGGGAUCUUGUAGAAACUUUAGAGCGAGAUAUUGUGCAAAAAAAUAUCGAUAUCCAUUGGGAUGAUAUUGCUGAUUUGCAUGAUGCCAAAAGACUAUUAGAAGAAGUAGUAGUUCUUCCAACACUGAUGCCAGAUUUCUUCAAAGGUAUUAGAAGGCCUUGGAAAGGUGUACUCAUGGUAGGACCACCUGGUACAGGUAAAACUAUGCUUGCCAAAGCAGUGGCGACGGAAUGCAGUACAACGUUUUUCAAUGUUUCUUCUUCUACAUUAACAUCAAAAUACAGAGGUGAAUCGGAAAAGCUAGUGAGACUAUUGUUUGAGAUGGCCAGGUUUUACGCUCCCAGUACAAUAUUCAUCGACGAAAUAGAUUCUUUAUGUUCAAGACGAGGCUCAGAGUCCGAGCACGAGGCGUCUAGGCGAGUAAAGUCAGAAUUACUUGUUCAAAUGGAUGGUAUAAGCUCAAAUAACGAAGACCCUACUAAAAUAGUCAUGGUACUAGCUGCCACGAAUUUCCCUUGGGAUAUUGAUGAAGCCUUAAGAAGACGGUUGGAAAAACGAAUCUAUAUACCGUUGCCUAACCUCGAAGGAAGAGAGGCUUUGUUAAAAAUUAAUCUCCGUGAAGUUAAAAUAGACGAAUCAGUCAACCUCACUGAAAUUGCUAAAAAAUUAGAAGGUUACUCCGGAGCAGAUAUUACGAAUGUCUGCAGGGAUGCCUCGAUGAUGUCAAUGCGGCGAAAAAUUGCUGGUUUAAGACCAGAUCAAAUAAGGCAAUUACCAAAGGAAGAAUUGGACUUGCCCGUUUCGGCAGCGGAUUUUGACGAAGCUCUCGAAAGAUGCAACAAAAGUGUAUCACAAGAAGACUUAGAUAAAUAUGAAAAAUGGAUGAAUGAAUUCGGUUCGUCUUGAUACCACAGUUCUCGCGCUUAAUGUUUGAAUUCAAUAUAUUUUUUUUUACCAAAUAUAUAUCAUUAACUGAAAUGAGAAUUUUAAUUGUAAAAUACGACUGUCAUCGGGAUCAAUAACUUGGUCAUUAUAAUCAGUGUGAGGGAUUAAAAAUUUUCAAUUGUAAAAAAACAUGCAUGUAGAAAAAAAAUUUUUCGCAUAGAUUUCAAUCAAGUUAUUUGGCUCAAAAUGUAGUUUUUGAAUAC